GAGGGAGAGAGAGAGAGAGGGAGAGGCGAUGUGAUGUGAUGUGAUGAGGCUUUAAAAGGACAGACACGAACGUGUCAGCGUAAAGGUGCUGUUUUCGGGUCAGUUAAUGGAGUGCGAUCGUCACGAAUGAAUGACCACUGAACCGCAGAGGCUGGUGAGAGGCGGAGAGGGAGAGGCGGCGGAUGGAUGGAUGGAUGGGUGGAUGGUGGAUGGCUGUCCGGCCGCGGCGAUGUCCUGUGAGCAAGUGACGACGGAGCUGAAUGCCCCCCUCGGGUGUCCGCUGUCCAGGGCGGUCCGAGGGGCUGAGCCGGAGCCGGAGCCGGAGCCGGAGCCCGGGGUCUCCGCGGGGCCCCGCGCUGCCCGUCCCGAUGUGCCCGGCGGGGAAUGUGCCGGUUUCCCGGGGAAGCCGAGCAGCAGGAAAGGCGGCGGCGGCGGCGGCGGCUGCAGGACCCGAGGCAAUCUGCACACCCUGGGAGCGGGGAUCCGCAAACUGAUCUGCCCCGAGUUCCAACGAUUGCACAUUGCUUUGCAGAGAAGCGUUGAGAAAUGCAAACCAAAGGAUCAAAGUGCAGCCUUUGACCAUCCAGAAGGAUUCUGUGACAGGUGUUUGGAAAAGGAAAAUACUGAAGAUUUUAUUCGCUUGUUCACAUUGUACUCCAGUAAUUCAGGUAUUAAAGCCGAGCAGCUAAGACAAUCGCUUGGGGAGGAACUCUUCAAAAUCUGUUUCGAGGAAGAUGAGCAGAUCUUGAAACUAGUUAGUAGGACACUCAGAGACUUAAACAGUUUUAAUACCCUUCUGAAACAUGACCAAUCUCACCUGGAAGGGGAUGGGGAUGUGAAGGCUCUCCAGGAAUCCUCUAUUCUUUGCCUUGAGGAAAACGAUGGACCUCUGAAAGUGUAUUGCUUUUUCCCCAAUGAACUAAUUGGAUUUAUACUUCCUGGUUUGAUCAAGGCAGCUGCCCAGAUGUUGUACGAAGAUGAGGUAAGGGUGGAACUGGUACCAAGGUGCUCAGAGGAUGGGGUCAGUGACUUUCCAAACUGCACUUACCUCAUGUAUAUUGUUUCUCAGACAAAGGUCAAGACAAAUAGUUUGCCCCAAUUGCGGAACACUUCAACUGUGGCCAAUGUCCCUGUCUCCACCUUCUGUAAAACGUUCCCAUUCCACUUCCUUUUUGACCGAGCGAUGUGGCUGAUGCAGAUCGGAGACGGAAUGAGAAGACUUUUGAACAAAAGAGACUUUUUAAAAAGGCCCAACUUUAACGAGCAUUUCCAGAUCAUCACCCCUCCCAUCUGCGGCUCGUUCAGUGGGAUCCGGAGCAUGUUAAACACACAGUUUAUUAUAAGAAUAAGACAAGACCACACGGCAAAAGAACAGGAAAAGGUUAUGGACAUCAAAGGCCAAAUGAUUUAUGUGCCGGAAUCCAAAAGCAUCUUGUUUCUGGGAUCACCGUAUGUGGAUAAACUCGAAGAGUUCACUGGACGUGGCUUGUACCUCUCAGAUAUCCCUAUCCACAAUGCUUUGAGGGAUGUUAUCCUUGUUGGAGAACAAACCAAAGCCCAAGAUGGACUGAAGAAAAGACUGGGUAAAUUGAAAGGUGCCCUUGAAAAGGUUCACCAGGCCCUCGAAGAGGAAAAGAAAAAGACAGUGGAUCUUUUGUUCACAAUAUUUCCUGGCAAAGUGGCCCAGCAGCUGUGGCAGGGACAAUCCGUUCAGGCCAAGAAGUUUGAGAACGUCACCAUGCUUUUCUCGGAUAUUGUAGGCUUCACUGCAGUCUGUGGUCGCUGUUCACCAAUGCAGGUUGUCACCAUGCUGAAUGAGUUAUACACCAUGUUUGACUACCAUUGUGGCGAGUUGGAUAUCUACAAGGUGGAGACUAUUGGCGACGCGUACUGCGUAGCUGGAGGGUUACACAAAGAAAGCAAAACCCAUGCUGUUCAGAUUGCCCUGAUGGCACUGAAGAUGAUGGAGAUGUCAGACAAGGUGACGACUCCAGAUGGUGAGCCUAUUAAGCUGCGGAUUGGUCUCCAUUCUGGUUCUAUUCUUGCUGGAGUAGUUGGGGUUAAAAUGCCUCGAUACUGCUUGUUUGGAAACAACGUUACUCUUGCCAACAAGUUUGAGUCAACCAGCUUUCCCAGAAGAAUAAAUGUCAGUCCAACCACUUAUGCGUUAUUAAAGGAUGAUUCUGGGUUCAAGUUCACACCUCGCUCUAUAGAAGACCUGCCUCCUAACUUCCCAGAUGAAAUUCCUGGGAUUUGCUAUUUUUUGGAUGCUCACCAUCCUAUAGAUGGGACAAACUUUUCCACUGGCUUAGAGGAUGGGCACAGCAAACACAGUAAUACUGUUUUUAUGAGGAAAGCUACAAAGUAGUGGAUUCUACAUCAUAUGCAAAUCUUUCCUGUUCUCUGUAUCGAAUGGUGUGCUUGGGUUUGCAGUUUAAUUAAUUGAAAGUUAAAGCGUUAAAAUGGGGAAGUUUUAUUUUGGUGGAAGGGUAUUUUUUGUUAAAAGAUUUUAAACAACAUUUUACUGUCAGUAGACCACAUUAUCAACCUGGAGGGAAAGAUAAUUGUACAUAAAUUUAUAAAUCACCACCGAAUCUG